CCUCGUUGCCCCUUUUAAUCCACAGGUGGUACCGGUAGCACAGUGAUACCUCCACUGUCCCGGCCACAGUCCUUCGAUCCCAUGUGCAACUAUUGCACUUGCAACUGCAAGAGGUGAGAACACACGUGGGAAUCACAACUAGCACGAAUUGGGAUUGGCUCGACCCGAUUGUCUUCGUUCGACUUCUGGUUCUACAAGUCAUCGCUUCCUUUGAAGCUGUACUGUCAGGUGACACCUGGAAGAUACACCGAGAGUGAUCGCGGUCACACUUCCCAGCUGGCAUCCUAGGGUAACAAUGUCCAACAUUUUCUCUGGAAUCAAUGCAAGGCUGAGGGGAACCUCAAACAAGCCAGCAAGCACCAAGAGUCCCAUUUCACCUACCUCGGAUGAUGGCCGUCUCAACUCCUCCGGUGGCCUUUCUCAAAAGAGUCACUCUUCAGCCAGCUUGUCAUCAAAGUUGCCACCGCUGCCCGCCUCUCCAUCCCUCUCUCAAACGAUCACUAUGACGGGCAGCGGCGAAGACAUCCUGACCUCAUAUCAUCUCCCAAGGCCCUUGCCCUUGUGGCUAAACCCUGCUUACGCAAGGCAUAUCGUGAAGGGCAACUUCAUGACGCUUAGCGCUAGACCGAAAACCGUUGAGCCUGGCGAAUGGAUUGCGCACCAUGUUGUUGAGCACUACCGUAACCUAUGGAAUUUUGUCCGGGUCAUCUACGAAAAGGAGGAGGAUGGGACGAGCAUCUGCAACCCCACUACAUGUCCAAAGAUGUCUGCUGGGACGAACCACUCGUACACAUGGCUGAAUAGCCGCUUUGAGCCCAUAGAGCUCCCCGCAAUCGAGUACAUUGCCUUGAUGCAACGGUGGAUCUCGGGUAAGAUCGACGACACCAAAAUCUUCCCUACCGAGCCCUCUGGUGUCUCUUUCGCCGCCAACCCCAACAUUGGCAACUCAACUCUCUUGAGCGGGACGGACGAGUGGAUUGGCAAGCGCAGCGGGUUUCCAAAGGACUUCUCCAGCAUUUGCCAGACCAUUUUCCUGCAAAUGUUCAGGGUCUAUGCUCACCUCUACUGGGCUCAUUUCACCGAGCCCUUCUACCAUCUCAACUUGGAGAAGCAGCUGAACAGCUGCUUCAGCCACUUUGUGUUGACGGCUACGGCGCUGGACAUGCUCAAGCCUCCUGCUCUGGAGCCAAUGCAACCGCUGAUCGACCUCUGGGCGGCCAACGGCACUUUCCCGCCCGAGUCGAAGGCAUACGAGUAUGCCAACCUCAACGCGGGCAACCGCCUGCUCCAAAUGGCCGGCAUGGCUUAAAGGCGGAGAAGCGCCUGGUUGUUGUGCCGCCACAAUCUUCUUGAUUCACGGCCAAUCUUUGAUGAUUGACACUUGGCAUGCAUAGCCUUGGAGUUUGGGCAUGUUUGGGAGCAUGGUCCUCGGGUAUCCCUGGAGGCACCGGUAACAACCCCCUCUGGCUGGAAGGGGAGCCAGAGCCAGCCAUCAAGGUUUGUCGCUUGGGCUAGCGGCUAGUGCGGCGGCGAGGGACAAGCCCGGCUUGUCAGCAACGUCUGGCAAGUUACCUAGACGGUUCUUGGGUUCCUAUCACGAGGCUGCAGAUUAGAUUCACAAUAUAUGCCCAUGGAACGCA